AUGGCCGACAACCCGCGGUCGCCCGCUUCGAGUAGCAGUAGAUCUAGGACCGUCCGCUCUCAGAAGAUCACAAUGGGCUCGCCUACUGCAGAGCCCAGCGCAGACGAGCGCAGAGAGGCCCUAGACCGUGCCCAGCCCAUCCGAAGUCACACACCUGGCCACCUCUCGACCAAGAGUCAUGGCGGCUCGGGCAGUUCGGGCAGACGCAAGACUUCGGAGUCCUCGAUCCGACAGCGAUCGCAGUCCGUCACCUCGAAGGGUGCCCCGUUGCCGCCGUCGAACCCGACCCCCGUUCCCACCCUCACCGUCCGACGCAAUGGGGACACUCACAACAGCCCCUUACCUACCAUACCCUCCUCCUCCUCCUCUGCUCAAGAUCUGCGGGCCGGAUCCUCAACCGGCGGCAUGGAGACCGACGCGCGGCGACCGACCAACAUGCGGUCGACAUCCGCCAUAGCGGGGAAGCCGUCCUCAGUCUCGAUAUCGACCUCCGCGCCGCCCCGCAAGACAUCCUCAGCCCCGAGACCGCGGGGCCCCUACACGAAAGAACCUCCUCUUCAAGACCCCAAUACGGCGCCCGAUGUGCCAGCCGCACCCUCGUCCGGAAUGUACUGGUCGCGGGCGCCGGUGUCAGGAGCAUCUCACACGCCGCUGCGGGCGCACACGACGACGCUGGUGGGGAGCAACGUAUUUGUGUUCGGGGGCUGCGAUUCGCGCGCCUGCUUCAACGAGCUGUAUGUGCUAGAUGCCGAUUCGUUCCACUGGAGCAGCCCACACGUGGCCGGCGACGUGCCCGUGCCGCUGCGCGCCAUGACCUGCACCGCCGUAGGCAAGAAGCUGGUAGUGUUCGGCGGCGGGGAUGGCCCAGCCUACUACAAUGAUGUCUACGUGCUGGACACAAUCAACUUCCGGUGGCACCGGCCACGCAUUGUCGGCGACCGCAUACCCUCGGCCCGCCGUGCUCACACUGCCUGUCUGUACAAGAACGGCAUCUACGUGUUCGGCGGCGGUGAUGGGGUACGCGCUCUCAACGACAUAUGGCGCCUCGACGUCUCGGACGUGCACAAGAUGAGCUGGAAGCUGGUGUCGGGACCGAGCAGCGGCUCCGGAUCCAAAGAUAGCGCCAGCAGCAGCAACAAGCCGAAGGCUCGGGGCUACCACACCGCCAACAUGGUGGGCAGCAAGCUCAUCAUCUACGGCGGAUCGGACGGGGGCGAGUGCUUCAACGACGUGUGGGUGUACGACGUGGACGCGACGGCCUGGAAGGCGGUGAACAUGCCAACCACAUUCCGGCGGCUCUCGCACACGUCGACCAUCGUGGGGUCCUACCUCUUCGUGGUGGGCGGCCACGACGGCAACGAGUACUCCAACGAGGUGCUGCUGCUCAACCUGGUCACCAUGACCUGGGACAAGCGCCGCGUCUACGGGCUGCCGCCGAGCGGCCGCGGCUACCACGGCGCCGUGCUGUACGAUAGCCGGCUCCUGGUGAUCGGCGGCUUUGACGGCGGUGAGGUCUUCGCGGACGUGUGGAUGCUGGAGCUGGCCGUGCAUGCAUAUUACUCACAGAUCUCUCACUUUACUAUCGAAGUUUAG